UGAUACGAAUGGAACGAUGUGAUUGUCGUUGUUAUUUGCGUUUGGUAUCUAAAUGUUAAAGAACCUACUUUUCUAGGUUUUCUAAGAAAUUCUAGGAUCCUUCURAGCACUUUGGAAGUGAAAAAUGCCACCAUUUUGUMCUGUGUCGAAUUGAAAAUCAAUUUGUCAAUCUCUGGAAUGGCGGAAAAAUCCAAAAGAGAUAUUUCAAAAUUAAGCAAAAUUGAGCUGGUUGAAAUGCUACAAAGGCAGGAGAAGCUGCUUCAGAACGGAAAAUUUUUGAAAUCUCUACCGGAUAAAGGGCAAAAGAUACAUGACAUGGUGAAAAUGCUCAAGGAAAUGAUAAUAAAACGGGGACAGACAGAGGAUUUAACUGCACGAUUCCAACAGAUAAGUAUUCAUCAAAGCAGAGAUGCUAAUCAAACACAAGAUUUGACUUUGGACAGUGACGAUGACGAAGAUACUGAUUAUUGCACUGCUAUUUCAAACAUGGAUAAUGACAAUAUUGAUUCAGCUGAAAAGAAAUCCCAGCUUAGUGCUUCGUCAAGGGAAGAUUCAAAGAAACCAGACAAAUGGUCAUAUGAAUCUGCAGUGACGUAUGAAAGAAAACCAAAGUUUGAGAAAAUUAAGCAAAUUUCAUUGGAAGAGUCAAUAAAAUUACAGCAAGCACAAAAGAAUGAAUAUGAGGCACUUCGAACCAAGCAAGCCACCGAAAGACUAAUGCAACAUAGGAAUCCUACUUCAAGCUGUUCAAACUUGAAAUUUACAACUCAGGAAGCUAAAGAUCAUUAUAGAGAUACAGUAAAAGAAGAGGAAAUACAAGAAGAUGACACUCAAAGUGAAUCAGAUGAUAUUCAGCAACAAGAGGAAAGUGAUGAAGAUUAAAAAUUGAAACUUGGUGGAGAU